GCGCUCGUCGAGCGAGCGUCGUUACGACGUCGGCCGAUAAUGUCAUCUCGUGAUCGACGAGCAGACAUCGGAGCUUGAGGAAUCGUUUUGUAGACGCGCUUACGAUACGCGAGGUUAAAUUCUAUCCAUCCGAUAGAAGAGCAGACGCGUAGUCGAAACGCGCGCGAAUAAUUUUCAAAAUAUUUGCCCGUUUGUAAAGUGCUUUGGUACGUGUUCUUUGUCUCUUCCUACCAGUGAACACAUUGCAAAGUGCGUGCAUAUUAAAUAUUACGAUUGCUUCUCUUGUUGCUGAUCGUGUUUGCGGAACCUGAUCCUCGAGCACGCAUCACGCGCCACGAAGAAUCGUUGCUCACGUGUUUGCGAUUUUGCUUCAGAAGAGACGUGAAUCGCCAUCUCGUACGUGUUCUCGAUCAUCGAUCGUUAUUGCCUCCGUCUGCUGUCCCAAUCCUUUGAACUCGCCUCUCUUUCGCGCAUCUACGACAAAGCGGGCGCAGCGCGCGCGCGCGCGGUGCCGUUACUGCCACUGAUCGUCGUCGUAGCGGUAAAAGAAAAGCGAGAGGCGAAAGAAGGGAAAAACCAAGUGGCAAGUAGAGUGGAAGAAGAAAACGAGGAGAAGAGAAAAGAGAUUGGUCGGACGAGGUGCAAAAGGAGAGAGGUACCAGUCGUAAACAAGAGAGAAAGAUUCAAGGUCGCGAGGAGACGCAAGACGCAAAAUAUUCUUGGCGUGCGUGACUGACUGUUUUCUACGAAUCGUUAUUUCUUUACAAGUGUCAGUGUAUAUCGGUCUCCGGGCGCCGGUGACCGAAAAGUGAGAAGUGUGACGCAAAGAGGUUCUCUUUAAAUUUCAAAAAUGGUGCCGCAACAGCAAGAUGGUCUCUCCAGUUCGGGGAUAGUUAUGUUUGGAUCAUUACUUGUGGAUAAAAACUCUGCGACACCGUAUUCGGACGCUACGCAGACCAAGAAGAACAAUCCUAAUCACAUCAAAAGGCCGAUGAACGCGUUCAUGGUUUGGUCACAGAUCGAACGGAGGAAAAUAUGUGAAAUUCAGCCGGACAUGCAUAACGCGGAGAUCAGCAAACGGCUUGGAAGACGUUGGAAGACGUUGGACGAGGCGGAGAGAAGGCCGUUUAUCGAAGAGGCCGAGAGACUUCGACAGUUGCACAUGGUGGAAUAUCCGGACUAUAAGUACAGGCCAAGGAAAAAAACGUCAAAGCCGACGGGUGGUGGUAACGCCAUAAGCACGAAAGCAAAGGACGGUGCUAAAAAACCACGGAAAUCGGCAAUGGGAUUAACACACGGUAGAAAUCAUCACACGCGGAACAACGACAGCAACAACAACACGCAAACCGGUAACGCAAGUACUGGAGUGGUCGGUGCAACGAUGAAGAGGUUACAAGGUCACUCCAGCGGCCACAAGUCUGUAUCACGUUUGAAAGUCAGACUGGCUCUAGACAAGAGACCAUCGCUUAAUUAUAUUCCUAAUCCUCCGAUAGUCACCGCUAAAAUACCGAGCAGCCCGUCGUGCGUCACGCCAGACUCCCCGGAAUCGGCCAGCUUUUACGAAGACAAUUUCCUCGAGUGUGGUUCAGUUGCCGGCCAACUCCCUGCCAUAUCCUCCGUUUCGGUGGAGAAAACCACCGUCAGACCCGGUGCCACGGCCGCCGUUUGCAAGAUCAAGCGAGAACCGAGUUUCGAGAUGGAUUACGAAACUACGUUCGAGCCGAAGGACCGAUUGCUAUCCUCGGUCGGACCUGUUGUCUCGAAUGCAACCGCCCCCGCCACUGUUACCUUCUCCACGUCCGAGAUCAACGAUAUGAAUCUGCUUACGGAGAAGAGUUUCCGCGUUCGGACACCUUGCCACGGCCACCGUAAUCAUCAUCAUCAUCAUCAGCAGCAGCAGCAGCAGCAGCAGCAGCAGCAGCAACAACAACAUUCACUGCCACAGCUCGAUCGUCGAUCGAGCAAUUUCAUCAAAGAGGAUCCAGCAACGACGACGGCUGCGCCGACCACCGCCAUUCUCGCCGCCAAGUCGAUCGAGUCGGGCAUGGAAAUAAAAAUGGAGUUGGACAUGGACAUGGAAAUGGAUGCCGAUCCGUCGACGCCCGUUGCCAACACCGACAUCUGCGUCAGCAGGAGUAACAGCGCCGAACGCACGUCGUUGAAACGUUCAUCGAGCAUAGUUACCAGGAAUUCCACCGCGAUUCCACCUACCAUCGUUUCCUCUGCGAUCCACGGGUCCUCGGGUCUAGCAUCGACGAAUCCAUCAGCCAGCGAUGCGAUGUCUAGCGACAAUUCACUGGACGACGCCACCGACAGCAGCGCUGUCGCCAUCGUUAGUGACGUGAACAUCGCCACGACGGCCGUGAAACUCGAAGAGCCCGGCAACAACCCGAGCUUGGCGGAUCUUUACUCGUUGACGGACUUGCUGCAGAUACAGCCGUCCGAUUUUAAGAUCGACCUCGACAUGGAGACAAUAACCACCGACUUGGACACGUUCGAGACCGCCAGCUCCAGCGGAUCGCAUUUCGAGUUCUCUUGCACGCCGGAUGUUACGGAUAUGUUAUCAACUAUCGGCGUAGGCAACGACUGGGUUACGUUUUGAUAAAAACCGGGAAUCCAUCGUACGGCGGCUGUGUUUUCUCAUUCGACGCGUUUUGCAGAUAGUCUUGCGUUGAACUGUUUCUCUCUCUCUCUGUUUACGUAUUCUCAUAUAGUCCUCUUUUCCUUUUUCUUUUUUUUUUCUUUUUUUUUUUUUUUUUUUUUUUUUUUUUUUUUUUAAACGCUUUUUUGUCGUUUUUUUACUCUAUCUUCAAGACACGUUCGGACGACGUUAUCAAAAUGCAGCUACGAUCGAGGUUCUGCACUGAUCUAUGAGUUUGAUUCGACAAUUUCGUUGUCCUCGAUGUGUACGCGGUACUCGUACGUCUUCUUUUUUUUUUCUUUUGUAUAUCUCUCGUGUAGUAUAUUAGAUCUAAGAAUUAUCUUUUAAUCUGAACGGCAUUACUAUAAAACAAUUGAUAGAACAGAAUUAUCGGAUAAAUCCCCUUUUCCUUUUUUCUACAGUUUUGUACGAGAAACAGCGCGCAGAGCAGAGUGUGUACAGGUAACGACAGACUCGAAGCGAGAGGCGCGCGUACAAACUUUUUUCCCCGGACUUAUAAAUAUGUAUUCGUCGCCUGGCUCGUUUCGCUUCUGUUUCUCUUCGCUUUACUUUCUUAUAUUAUUCGCAUUUAUUACCUGUGCCGCGUGCUCUGCGCAACUACGAAAAUCCUGUUCUAUCGAUGUUACACACGAUAUAUAGAUAUGUAGGUACCUACACGUUAGAACGAAUCCUCGAUGUGCGUAAAAACGUUUGAUCUCAUAUUUUCUCUUAAUCUUUAGCGUUGCGUAACGCUACGGUAUGCACAUCUAACGAGCAAUUCGAUUGCCAACGUGUCACACAGUCAAACGUCGCGAUUAUUAUUAUUUUUUUUUCUUUCUUUCUUUCUUUCUUUUUUCUUUUUUCUUCUUUCUUCGUUGGAUCUCUUGUAUUAUAUAUCUCCGUUAAUUUUUUUAACGGACCAACGCAUCGAUACACACUGAUAACAACCCGCGUUAUUCGAAACGUUAUUGCCAACUGCGCGAUUGCCAGUGUACCCACACGCGUUCCAAGGACUUAGACAGACCUCUCCACUGCCGAUUAACGUAAGUACCCAGUCUUUUUUCGUUUUCACUCCACCGAUCCUCUACUUACGUAUUUGCUCAGCAACGCGCGUCCAACGACUGCCAAAAGAAUAAAAAUCUUAUUAUAUACACGGUAUCUUGCGUCGUUGUCCUUGUUUCUUCGAUCCUACGAUCGGUUGCGUUACUAACAAGUUUUCUUUGUUUUUUUUUGAUAUCGAUGUAUAUUUUCCUCCCGGUAUCGCCAAUUUACCACCCGUGAUAACAUUGCCGAAAAUUCGCUGUAUAUUCUUUGAAACGCAAUGGAUAAUGGAGAAAAGGGAUGCUUGAUAGCGCGAACGAAAGAGAGAGGUGUACGGAUGGCAGGGAUAGAGAAAGAAAGUACGAAAACUAUAAUAAACGAUCAGGGGAAAUACGAAAGGACCAGAGUGUAACGUGACGACCGUUUUUUUCUUUUUUCUGUUUUCUUUCUUGAUAAUUUUCGGCCCUUUUGUCUUGUCCCUGCCCUUCUAUCGUGCCUUCUCCGCUCUGUAAUUCAAUAGGCUGUGAGAAUAUCUUUCAGUGCAAAGGUACGUCCGAUACUCGAUCAGUUGUCGAUAGUUGUUGUUGAAGAAGCAAGCCAAACGCCAAUCACCGAUAGUCACAAGAAAAGAAAAGAAAAAAAAAAAAGAAAGAAAAAAUUUGCAGUGGAUUUUGUCACGACGAUUCGUGUCUCGUAGGUCGCGCGAAAAUGAUGGGAUCGAACUCGAUCCGACGAACCGACGCCGUUGAGAAUCUUUCAUAUCUUCCAUCGAUUCGUUACGUGCCGUUUUCGAGUGUUUGUACACUAUUCAAUUAGUUUCCUUUUUCUUGUACACCGAAGUGAAAUUACGCGCGCGUACGCUUUCGCCCAACGAUGUUCCUCGAAUGUUCAAGCUAUUGUGUGUAUAUAAGUGACACUGUACACAGAAGAUUUUUGCGAUUUAUUUUUUUUUUUUUUUUUUUUUUUUUUUGCGUGAUCGAAGGAACCGUUGAUAGCGAAAUCGUGUCGCGACGGACAAAAGAGAAAGAACGGUUCCUACUUACUACGAACGGUAUAAAAAGUCAUAAUCGUAUACGAAUCGUCGACGGGCGUUUGUAAUUUAUUCCCAUAGAUGUAUAGUGAUAAA